ACAACCACAGGCGUGGGUAUUUGCUGAGCUUCCAUCUUCUCUGCAGCUCCUCCCUCAGCAAUACCCCCCCAACAGCAGGUGUUAAAAGCUGCCGAUGGGUCCAAACCUCAGAUGAGCUCCUGCUUCCUUCAACAUGAAGUCCCUGAACAACCGAGCUGGAAGCCACCUGAGCGGACAGGUGGAGUCUGAGCUGGACAGCAUGGGGAACGGGGGCUGGGUCAACCAUGGCUACUGUGAGUCCCCCGAACCCCGGGGUGUCAGCACCAUCUACAGCCCCCCUCCGUUCCUCCAGGGCCCAGUGGACAGCAUCUACAGGCUGGAUGCUGCAGGGAAGUUUCCAGAACCUUCUUCUGUCCAAAGUGAGAAGAAGAAAAGCGGAGGCUGCUGCUCCUUCAUCAAAGGACUGUGGGGGACAGCCCUGACCGAGAACAUCUCCAACAACAGAGAGAAGUACAUCCGCACCACCCUGAGGGAGCUGCUGGUCUACCUGGUCUUUCUGCUGGACAUUUGUCUCUGUGAGUCUUUACACUGAAAGAAACGUUUAUAGAACUCACAUUUGAUUCAAAACUGGAGCUUUUAUCAUCUUUUAUCAUUUAAAGGCUGUGAGUUUCCAAUUUCAUAUAG